AAUUUUGUUUGGAGGGUAAAAUCUAGUUGACGGCUUGGCGAACCAUUAUUAUAAUAGGCAAUGACUAAUGAUUAUUAUGCACAUUACUAAAUUUUUUGAGAGUCGUUCCUUAAAUUCAAAUUCAGUAAAGUGAUUUCACACAAUAAUUUCAUUCGAACUGUUUUCAAGUUUUUCUGGGAUAAUGUGCUUGAAACUAUCCCCGUGUACAAAAAUGAAUGAGUGACUACUAAAUUCUAUAUUGAUUAUUGUUUUAAGUUAACGUUUUUCGAUUUAUAAUCAUCAUAGAACUUGGGUCUCGAAUACAAUGAAUAUUUUAACUGGUUACGAAGAUCUCGGCGUCAGUCCGUUAUUGGAGAAUAAUCAAAUAGCCAAACGCUGUCGUUACUUAAACCCACAUAGCACGAUAUGGCCUAUGGGUUAUGGUUUAAUUACUUCUUCGUACAAAUACAAACAUAAAAAACCUAUAGUAAAUAAUAACAAUUUUGAUACAUUACCAGAAGAAGUAAUAUUACAUAUAUUUAAAAUGUUAGACAAGCGCACUUUAACAAAAUGUGCUUAUGUAUGCAGUCAAUGGCAUCGUAUUGCAUAUGAUGAGUCUUUAUGGCAAUGUUUAAAUAUACCAUGUCGUCGCAUGAGUACAAUAGCUUUAGAUAAUCUUCUUAAGCGUAACAUUAAAUUCUUAUCUUUGUCACAUGCAAAUAUUUAUGUUGACACUGUGUAUACAUUUGAAACGCCAUUGCCUAAAUUACAGUAUUUGGACAUGAGUGCUGUAUUUAUAAAAGUUGAUAUUUUAAAUUCAUUGUUAAAGCAAUGUUGUAAUUUAGUAAAACUAAGUUUGGAAAAUUGUCAAGUAAAUCAUGCAUGUUGUGAAAACAUUGGGCGUAAUACUAAAUUAAAAGUACUGAAUGUUGCUUCUACAAGUGGAUUAGAUAAUGUUGGGCUUAAGCACAUUUUAUCUUUGAAAAAUUUGGAAGAAUUAAACAUAUCAUGGGCUCAUUUGAACAAUACUGAUUUACACUUUCUUCUUGCCAAUAUGGUUCCUAGCAUGAAACGACUUAACAUUAGUGGCUUUUUGAAACAAUUAGCUGACUAUGAUUUGAUUUCAUUGGUUUCUUGCUGUCCGCACUUAAUUGAAUUAGAUAUUAGUGAUAGUUUAUCUAUUACUGCUACUAGUUUGGACUAUAUCUUAAACAAUCAGUCAAAUCUUAAAGUAUUAUCUAUGAGUCGCUGUUACAAUGUUGGAUCUACAUUUUUACAAUCAAACGCAUUAAGAAUGAAAAUAAUCAAUAAUUCUACUCAUCAUUUAAAAGAAUUGAAUGUGUUUGGAAUAAUUAAUCAAUUAUCGUUCAAUUUUUUUUGUGAUAACUUAUUAGAUUUUGAAGUAAACAAAAGUAUAUUUUCUUCUAUUGCCCGUCCAAAACUAGCAGACAAUGAAAAUACUAUUUGGGAAAUUCCUAUUUGCAUAGACUGUUGACAUUUCACUAAAUUUUUCCAAUGUUCCAUUGCCAAUAUAUUGUGAUACUAAUUAUCAGAUGUCAUUAAUUAGUUAUAUAUAUAUUUUAAUUCCAAUUAAUUUUUGGAAAACUAUUAUUUUUAUUAUUUCUUAUAUUAUUGAUAAAUUGGAUUAAAAGUUAUAUCUAAUGAUUUAUUACUUGGUUAUAUAAUUCGC